GCGGGGCGCAGGGAGCGUGCGCACGGCCCGCCCCGGGCGCGGGCGGAGAGCAGAAGGAGGGGCGCGCGCGGCUUCCAGCCCGCAGAAGCCGCGAGCUGCGCUAGAGGACGGAGCCCCGGUAGCCAGCCGGACCCGGCCGGACCCAGCCAGACACAGCCGAUCUGAUUUGCGCUCACUGUGAGCACAGUACUGACUAGGAAGGACCCAGCCCCAGUACUCUACUGGACUCAUUCACAAGAAACUUCGGAUUCCUUGGUGAGAGAGAACAAAAUUCCCUGCUAUUGUUCCCAAGAAUGCAAGUGUGAUCACUGCGGUCUUCAUGAGCUCCAGAGGUCACAGCACACUACCACGGACUCUCAUGGCCCCUCGGAUGAUUGCCGAGGGAGACAUAGGAGGCAUCGCUCAGAUCACCUCCUCUCUCUUUCUGGGCAGAGGCAGUGUGGCCUCCAACCGGCACCUACUCCAGGCUCGGGGCAUCACUUGCAUUGUUAAUGCUACUAUUGAGAUCCCCAAUUUCAACUGGCCCCAGUUUGAAUAUGUUAAAGUGCCUCUGGCUGACAUGCCUCAUGCUCCCAUUGGACUUUACUUUGACACUGUGGCUGACAAGAUCCACAGCGUGAGUAGGAAGCAUGGGGCCACCUUGGUGCACUGCGCUGCAGGCGUGAGUCGCUCGGCCACACUCUGCAUUGCUUACCUGAUGAAAUUCCACAAUGUCUGCCUGCUGGAGGCCUACAACUGGGUGAAGGCCCGAAGGCCCGUCAUCAGGCCCAAUGUGGGCUUCUGGAGGCAGCUGAUAGACUACGAGCGCCAGCUCUUUGGGAAGUCAACAGUUAAAAUGGUACAGACACCUUAUGGCGUGGUACCAGAUGUUUAUGAGAAAGAAUCCCGACACCUGAUGCCUUACUGGGGGAUUUAAUGCCAGCACAGCCUGAAUCAGCAGCCUCUCAAGCAGUACCAGCAUCUGCUACACGACUUUGCUCCUUUCUUUCCAAAUGGUUAACUUUUGAUUUUUCCUCUGAAGUGCUUUUUACACUGGGUAUGUAAUUUUAAGAAAAAGAGGGAGGAACAUGAUAGCAUACAUUGCUAGUAACAUUUUUUAAAAUUUAACAUUUUGGAAUAGUGUUUAUGGAAAUCCCUAACUGGCUUUUAAUCAUUUUUUAACAACAUGAACAGUUUGAUAAACUGUUUGGUUCUGAAUUCCCUGCCUUUUGGCAGAAUGGUAAGUGCAGGACGAGCCCAGUGCAAAAAUCACCUAUUAUUUUUCUAUUAUUUCCCUUCUAUUUAGCAACUCUUAAGUUUAAAGACAAUUAUUUUAGCUGUUAUAAGUAAUCAUAAUGAAAUCUGCAAAAACUCCUGGAAUCAAUGUGUCCCAGGACUAUACUAACAUUAUUUUUAAUAAAUAUAUCUGCUUAACAUA